AUGGCUAAGUCAAAGAGUAGUGGAGGAAUGGGCUUCAUAGGCAUUAGUGAUUUUAACAAGAGUCUCCUUGGGAAACAGUACUGGAGAUUGUUGAAUGGUGAGAACUCUCUUGUUGGAAGGGUUCUAAAGGGCAGGAGAAGUCUGGAUGAAGAUUGUAAGGUUGCAGCUCUCAUUGAUGAAGACCUGAGGAUGUGGAAUAGAGAUUUAGUUUUUCAAGCUUUUGAUCAUGAUGAAGCAACCCAAAUUGUCAGCAUUCCUUUGUCAAGAAGCCAUAUGAUGGACAAAAGAAUUUGGCAUUUUGAGAAAAGUGGUGAAUAUUCUGUGAGAUCGGCCUAUCACCUCUCUUUGCAAAUCAAAGAUGUUAAAGCCCCUGGACCUUCAAGUCCACCUUGUAAGAAAUUAUGGAAAUCUAUCUGGAAAGCCCCUGUGCAUAUGUUGAGAUUGUCAAACACUUGUUCAUGGAUUGUGCUUUUUCUAGGACUACUCUUUUUUUCAUCUGUUAUGUGCUAUAGAACCCCUGUAGACUUGGAUUUUAAUGACUGGCUGUUAAGUAUUUUAUCCUGUGGUGAUGUUCUGAGUUCCCAAAUUAUCUGCAACAUUGUCUACAAGAUUUGGCUAGGGAGAAAUCAAAAAUUGUAUCAAGCUAAGGAUUCUUCUCCAAUUAAGGUAGCAGAGGAGGCUUUGGAGAGUGUCAUGGAUUUCAACAAGUGGAAUUUUUUCAAGAAGGGGGAAGAAAGGCUUAGGCUAGCUUCUGACACAAGCAACUUGGAUGUCCAUUCCAUACAUGUGGAUGCUAGAUUUUCUGAUGAAGGUUUCAUGACCAUGGGGUGCAUCAUCAAAGAUCACAACCAGAUUUUAUCUUUAGCUGCGUGCAGAAGAGAAAAUGUGCAAGUGGAGGUUGCUGUGGGUAAAGCUAUGGCAAUGAGGUGGGGUUUAUCUCUGGCCAAAGACCUUAAUCUGGAAAAGAUAGUGAUCAAAUCGGAUGCAAAGGUGGUGGUGGAUUGUGUAAAUGGCUUCUCCAAGCUGGUUGCCCUGGACUCUGAUUGUGGACAUUAA